AGCACCAGAGGAAACUGUACAUGAAGCCGAUCCAAUCCGUAGCGCCUCCAGGAGCUCUUCUCUGUGCUUGCCCAAAUUCAAUCCUUAGCAACUCCUGUCUGUGCUUGGGCAAAACGCAUCUGCAAGAAGGUAAUGGUAAUAGAAUUGAGGUCCUCAACUCUUCUCUCUAGUUGCCCGAAACUGAAAUGCAGAUACCAAAUUGAUGGUGGGUCCAACCUCCAUGAUGAAAUGGUCACCAAAUUGGAGGGAUUUAAGUAAUUUAGUAUGGGCUGUUGGCAUUGUGUGAUAUAUAAUUAAAAUUUUGCAGGGGAAUGGAUUUGUAAUAAUAAUGUGGUUGUAAAGAUUUUGAAGAUCCUUGGCUGUUAACGACGAAAUUUGAGGUGGUGGCAAAAGGAAGUGAAAGGAGGAGGCUUUGAAAGUAUGGAAACAUCAAGCAUGGAGAGGUCUGGUAAGAUGGACAGGGGUGGAGAGACAUCAAAGGGUGGUUAUAGUGAUUCAGGGUAUUUGGAUGGUUGUGAAAGGUCAAGUCACAGGGCACCGGCAACAGAGAGUGGGCAUAUGUCGGUCGAACAUAUGGUUAGUGAAAGUAGUGAUGAUAAUGGUGUUGACAUUAUUGCACCGAGGAAAGAAGAUGUUAUGGGGAAAGAGUUUAAAACGAUAAAAUUAGCGGAAGAAUAUUAUAUGAGUUAUGCGAAGGGCAUUGGAUUUAGCGGGAGAAAAAACAAAUUGGUUCGAAAUUCGGAAGGGAAAGUAUGUAGGAGACGGUGGUGUUGUUCUAAAGAAGGUUUGAGAAAUGAGAAGUUUAAUGAUCGAUCAAAUAGGAUGGUAGAUAUUUUAAUAAGCAUAGUUUUGUUUGUCUUUGCGCUAUACAUUAAUCAGCGUAGCGUUGUUAAGCUUUGUUCAGUUUGCACACAGGGGAUCAGUAUUUGCAUUGAACACAUGCAAUUGCAUGACGAUGAUGCAAUGCAAGUCCUUCUGUGCGCAAACCCCUAAUUGUUCAGAAAAAUGAAUCUUAUUCUUUUGUACAGGCAUAAUUACACCUGUUUUUUAAACUAUAAAUCGAAGGUCAAAAUUAACCGAAAUACAGAGCAUGAGAAACGAUAAGGGGCAAUAAGCCGAACAUAUUAUAUUACAAAGCGACCAAUUAUCGAAAUUACGUUGUAAUACACAUUGUCAUGUAGCACAUUUGACUUGAGGGUAGAUCCCGAAUUGUGUAAAACACAAUGUCAUUAACCCUAAUAUUGAAUAAUAGACAUAGGGUCAACUAAGUGUUUGCUUGGUUUUGUUUGUCUUUGCGCUAUACAUUAAUCAGCAUAACGUUGUUA